GCGGCGGCGGCGGCGGGACUGCGCGCCCCGAGCCGCGUUCCGCGUCCCCGCCGCCGGAGGAGGUGCCCGCACGCUCGCGGCGCGCGCCGGGGCCGCCACGCUCGGCCUGUGGGCGAUUCCCUCCGGACCCGAGCUCCCCGCCCGAGGAAGAAGAUGCAGACGUUUCUGAAAGGGAAGAGAGUUGGCUACUGGCUGAGCGAGAAGAAAAUCAAGAAGCUCAAUUUCCAGGCCUUCGCCGAGCUGUGCAGGAAGCGAGGGAUAGAAGUGGUGCAGCUGAACCUUAGCCGGCCUAUUGAGGAGCAGGGCCCCCUGGAUGUCAUCAUCCACAAGCUCACUGAUGUCAUCCUCGAAGCCGACCAGAAUGACAGCCAGUCCCUGGAGCUGGUGCACAGGUUCCAGGAAUACAUCGACGCGCACCCUGAGACCAUUGUCCUGGACCCCCUGCCUGCCAUCAGGACCCUGCUGGACCGCUCCAAGUCCUACGAGCUCAUCCGGAAGAUCGAGGCCUACAUGAAAGAUGACAGGAUCUGCUCGCCACCCUUCAUGGAGCUCACGAGCCUGAGUGGAGAUGACACGAUGAGGCUCCUGGAGCAGAAUGGCCUGGCAUUCCCCUUCAUUUGCAAAACCAGAGUGGCUCAUGGCACCAACUCUCACGAGAUGGCCAUCGUGUUCAACCAGGAGGGCCUGAGUGCCAUCCAGCCGCCCUGUGUGGUCCAGAACUUCAUCAACCACAAUGCCGUCCUGUACAAGGUGUUUGUGGUGGGCGAGUCCUACACUGUGGUCCAGAGGCCCUCGCUGAAGAACUUCUCUGCGGGCAUGUCAGGCUCCUCCCCAGGACCGUCUCUCGUGCCCCCCGUCUGGACUGGCUCUGGUCGGAGCGGCGGGAGGACUGUCGGGUACUCCGGGGCGGCCAGGGGCCUGUGUGCCCCACUAGCAGGAAGGAUGCCAGACCGGGAGUCCAUUUUCUUCAACAGCCACAACGUGUCGAAGCCCGAGUCCUCAUCGGUCCUGACUGCGCUGGACAAGAUCGAAGGUGUGUUUGAGCGGCCAAGCGACGAGGUCAUCCGGGAGCUAUCCCGGGCGCUUCGGCAGGCGCUGGGUGUGUCACUCUUCGGGAUUGACAUCAUCAUCAACAAUCAGACCGGGCAGCACGCGGUCAUCGACAUCAACGCCUUCCCAGGCUAUGAGGGCGUCAGCGAGUUCUUCACAGACCUCCUGAACCACGUGGCCACCGUCCUGCAGGGCCAGAGCACAGCCACAGCGGCCGCAGGGGAUGUGGCCCCACUGAGGCACAGCAGGCUCCUGGCGGAGCAGGCAGGCAGCCUGGCAGGUGAGCGGACGUGCAGCGCUGGCCCUGGCUGCUGUGGCAGCAUGAUGGGCCCGGACCCACCCUGGACGUCGGAGGCCGAUGCGGGCGGCAUGGGCACGGGCGGCACCGCCAAGCUCCCACACCAGAGACUUGGCUGCACCGCAGCCGUGUCCCCCAGCUUCCAGCAGCACUGCGUGGCCUCACUGGCCACUAAGGCCUCCUCCCAAUAGCCAUGGAGACCAGGACCAGAGGGCGGCGUGAGCCGCGGGGUGCACCUGCCGGGCAAGCAGCUCCCAGCAGCGACGCUCCUACUAAGAAUUCCCAGCGAUCUGAUUCUUCUUCUUGUUUUAUGUUUGGUUUUUAUUUUUAAUUUUUAACCUGAUUUGCUGAUGUCAUGAUCGAAAUAAGGGGUGGUGGAGGGGGAGAUGGAAGGGCACCCCAGUGGUCCAGCCUCGGGAAAGAUGGACAUCCCACCUGGUACCUGCUGUGCAGAUGUCUUCACUGGGUUGACACUUGUUGUGUCUUCAACACUAGGUCUGAGUGUGAGGUGGGUUGUGCGUAUGCAUGUGCGGCUGCUAUGUGUGUACGAGUGCGUGUGCACAUCCACGUCUGUGUGUCUCCAUGGCUGCUGUGGACCCCGUGGGGGCCGCCCCUGUUUGGGUGCUUGGCGGCCGACAAUGCACGAGGGUUCCUCCUGUCUUCUCCAGCCCCCGGCACGCAGGCCCAGCCCCCUCUCUGUUGCCUCCUGUUGGCCACCUCCACAGCUGUGGGAGGAACAGGGCCUCACGCUGUGGCCAGGGGAGCUGCUGGGUGUUGCUCCCCAGAGCAGGAGCCAGACGAAGCAGGAGGUGCACCCACUCCUUCCUUGAGGGGGGUCCCACAUAGGGUCUGGGCUGUGGUCCACCUGUGGCCCACUAACGAAAGGAUGCUGCCCAGGGGAGGCCGAGACCUUGAAUUGGCUUCCCAUCUCCACAUCUGGCACCCUAGGCCUCCAGGCCCUUCAGCAUGGGUCCCGUGCAGCCCUGCAAGGGUCGGGGGGGCUCCCUCCCUGACCACACGUGGCGCCUGGGACCCAUGAGGGGCCCCAGGCUGAUCCUGUCUGUGCCAAGGAUUUGAGCUGUGACUGGACAGAUCACCCCAGGUGUUGCUGGGCCUCAGUGUCCUCCUGUGUAAUGAGCACUUGAGACCAGAGACCUCUGGCAGGCAGGCUGGAUGCCCUGCGCCCCGCGGUGGGGCCUGCCUGCCUGAGAAGUCAACCCAGUGCACCCCCUGGCAUCAAGGUGGCUGAGGCCCGCUUCCAUGGCCAGGAGGGCUGCCUCUGCGCUUCACAUCUUCUGACACCUGCCCUGCGGGCCCUCCUGUACUCACCAUGAGCCCCAAGCACAAAGCCGGCCAAGUGUGAAGGGAGCUGCGGCCCCAGGAGUGAGGAAAUAUUCACCCCCUCCUCCAUGCACGGCAGAUGCCACCAGCCCCUUGGGCACCACCCACGGUGCUGGUGGGGCACCACCUGCCUCUCCGCAGAGAAGGUGGCCAGCGAGGACCUUCACCAGCCCUGGGACAGGGUGAACCAAGGCAAAAUGCAAAGGACCCGGUGAGCAUGACCUUCAGAUACCCUUUUACUUGGAGAAGGUGGGAGAGGCCUCCAGGCUGUCCUUUGUGGCCCUGUGAGGACGCUGCUGCGAGGCCUGGGGGUGGGGCAGUACCUUCAGGCUCAGCAGGGGCGGGGUGGGGGGGGUGCGGAAGGGCCGGGUGGUGACCGCCAUCAGGCAGGACUGGGCCGGCUGAGGAACCCCGUGACCCGAGGACCCACUGACUAACCGCGUUUACACGACUUGAGUGUUGAACCCUGAUUAUAAUGUCUGUAUGGCGCCUUUCCUAGUCCAACCCUGAGCCCCGGGGAAGCGGGAAAGUGUGGCUGGCCUCUUGCACUGCUUUGUCUCCAAAAUAAACUACUGAAAUCAAACCGCAUUUCACACGUGUUUACAAAUGUUGCUAAAAAUUUCCAUUGUUCUGGACUGUUAAUAAAACAGCUUUGCUCUCUUAA